AUGGACGAGAAGAUCGCCAAGGGGGGCUCGGACUCCCAUCAUAUUGAGUCCAGCAGCGGCAUCAACAUUGCCGAGACCGAAGCUGUUGUUCUCCAGAACGGCAUCUUGAGCGGAGAAAGAGAGCCAUAUGGAAAGGCCGGAUUCGGUGGCAUCUUUGGUAACAAAUAUGUCACCAUCUGUGCUGCAUUCGCCACCAUGGGCGGCGCCUUGUUCGGAUACGAUCAAGGCGUUGUCUCCGUGACGCUGGUCAUGGACCAAUUCAUCGAGCAAUUCCCCGAAGUCGGUGCAAACGCUUCCGGUGCUGGUUUUCUGAAAGGCCUUAUGACGGCCAUGAUCGAGCUCGGUGCCUUCCUCGGCGCAAUGAACCAGGGCUGGCUUGCCGACAAGAUCUCUCGCAAGUGGUCCAUCUUGGCUGCGGUCAUCAUCUUCUUGGUUGGCUCUGCGCUGCAGACGGGCGCCAUGAACUUUGGUAUGCUCGUUGCUGGUCGUUUCGUGGGCGGCAUUGGGGUCGGUAUGCUUGCCAUGGUCGCGCCACUGUACAUUUCGGAAAUCGCACCGCCUGAGAUCCGAGGAACUCUUCUUGUUCUUCAGGAAUUUUCCAUCGUCACGGCUAUUGUCAUUGCUUUCUACACCACCUACGGAACAAGGCACAUCCAGAGCGAGUGGUCGUGGAGGCUUCCCUUCCUUCUCCAGAUGGUUCCGGCUCUCUUCCUUGGUGCCGGUGUCCCGUUCCUCCCCUACUCCCCCCGCUGGCUCGCCUCAAAGGGUCGCGACGACGAGUCCCUCCAAGUUCUCUGCAAGCUCCGCAACCUGCCCGCCACCGACGCGCGAAUUCUUCGAGAGUGGUUCGAAAUCCGAUCCGAAGUCCAAUACCGCAAGGAGGUUAAUGCCGAAUUGCACCCCAACCUGCAGGACGGAAGCACAUGGAGCCGUAUCAGACUUCAGGUCGCCGGAUACCUUGACUGUUUCCGCAAGGGAGCUCGCGCGCGCACCCAUGUUGGUAUCGGACUGAUGUUCUUCCAGCAAUUCGUCGGUAUCAAUGCCCUCAUCUACUACUCCCCUACUCUAUUCAAGACCAUGGGUCUUAGCUACCAACUCCAACUUGAUAUGUCCGGUGUCCUGAAUAUCCUUCAAAUCGUCGCAUGCUCUUGGUCUCUCUGGGGAAUGGACAGAUUUGGCCGACGCCCACUCCUGCUAGGCGGAGCUGUUUGCAUGACCACGGCCCACUUCGUCAUUGCGAUCCUUGUCGGCUUGUACCAGAACAGCUGGGAGACUCAUAAUACCGAGGCCUGGAUUUCCGUCGCCUUUCUCUUCUUCUUCAUGCUGUCUUUUGGUGCGACUUGGGGUCCGAUUCCCUGGGCCAUGCCCGCGGAAAUCUUCCCUUCGUCUCUGCGUGCUAAGGGGAUGGCCUAUUCUACAAUGUCGAACUGGUUCAACAACUUCAUCAUCGGCCUCAUUACCCCCCCUCUUAUCCAGAACACGGGCUUCGGAACGUACAUCUUCUUCUGUGUAUUCUGCCUCUUCGCCACCGUUUGGGUCUGGUUCGUGAUCCCCGAAACCAACGGCCGAACCCUGGAGCAGAUGGACGACGUUUUCAACGACAACAACGGCCAAGAGGAAGCAGCGCGCCGAGCUAGGAUUGAGGGCGAAAUGGAGAGUCGAAUUUUCCAGAAUGGGGAGCGAAAGGGCCUCGCAGGCGAUGCUUGA